UUUCAAUCAGAGCAGUUCACAGUUUCCUUACAUUAUUUCCAAUAUGAUAAUUUGUACCUUAUGUGAGCCGGCCAUGGUUCUUCUUACUGUGCUUUUCCCAUGCAUCAUUUCCACAUAUUCAGCAUCAGUCAAAGGCCACAAUACUGGUCCUCGAAUAAACAAUGACAAAUUAUACAAGUUUACCUAUUCUACCCAAGUUCUUAUUGACAGAGUGAGAGGUUUACCCCAUGAGAGUGUGGGCUAUCAAAUUUCAUCUGGAGUGGAUGUCAACUUAGUAUGGAGAAAUCCCAAUAAUGACGAUGACCAGUUGAUCAAAAUUGCGAUUACAGAUGUAUCACUUGAAAAUGUGAAUGAGCGUCCUGUAGCAAAAGACAUUUUUCAGCAGAAAAACACCAAUAAAUUAUAUGAAGAAGAACAUCUUGCUGCUUUAAAAAGGCCUGUAUUUCUGCAUUGGAUUCGUGGAAAGGUUAAAAAUUUCUACUGCUAUGAAGAUGAACCUUCUAUUAUCAAGAAUCUCAAGAAAGGCCUGGCUAGUUUGUUUCAAAUACAGCUAAAUUCUGGAUCUACAAGCGAGAUUGAUAUUUGUGGAAAAUGUAAUGUGACUUAUCAAAUUCGGCAGAAUCAGAUCACUAAAGUGAAAGCCCUGAACUCUUGCAAGUUAGAACAUCCAAGUGUAACCAACCACAAUCAGCUCUUCAAGGUGACGAAAAAAGCCACUUCAGCUGUAAUUUAUGUACUGGAGGACACCUUCAUUAAAUCUGUGCGGGCUGAAGAAAAUCAUAUUUUUAAUUUGAAAUCUCUGCAACUUAUUGAUACAAAGGUUAUUUCAAAGCAGAAACUGGAACUGAAGUCAACUGAAGCUGGUCCAAGAAUGAAAGCUGGGAAGCAAGUUGCCAGCAUUAUAAAGGCUCUGGAUUCAAAUUAUGUGGCAAUUUCUUUGAUGGCAGAUCCUGUCUCUCAUGAAUGCAAAAGUUGUCCAUCACUGUUUCAGCAGUGGAUGGGAAUCCAAAAACAGCUUGAACCAGAUAAUCUUUCAAAAGCCGAUGCCGUAAAAGGAUUUUUGGUAUUUAUCAAGAGCCUGAAGAAAGCAACAAAAGAAGAAAUCUUACAGCUACUGAGAAAUGAAAAUAAUACAGAAAUACUUCCCCAACUAGUUGACGCGGUAGCCUCCGCACAUACUUCAGCCUCUCUAGAAGCGAUGUUAGAUUUUCUGGAUUUCAAGAACAAGAGUGGAUCUCUCCUUCAGGAACGAUUCCUCUAUGCUUCUGGUUUCACUUCUCAUCCCAAUGAGUUAUUACUCAGAUCUUUAAUUAAUAAAUUCAGGAGUCCAAUUGGUAACAAUGAAAUCAGAGAAAUGGUUAUUAUUAUUGCUGGCGCACUCAUCAGAAAACUGUGCAACAUUGGAGGCUGCAAAUUGCCUGCUGUUGUAGAAGCCAAGAAACUGAUAUUCCAAGGCAUGAACAGAGCAGAUAAAGCUGAUGAUGUGAAGAUGUUCCUUUUGGCACUGAAAAAUGCCCUUUUGCCAGAAGCUGUUCCUGUGCUGCUGAAAUUCGCUGAGUCAGGAGAAGGACCUAUCAGCAACAUCGCUGUUACUGCUCUACAGAGAUAUGAUCAUUCUUCCAUAACUACUGAGGUGAAAAAAACCAUGAACAGGAUUUAUCACCAGAAUUAUAAAGUUCAUGAGAAGACUGUACGAACCACAGCUGCUGCUAUUAUCUUCAACAGCAACCCGUCCUUCAUGGAAGUUAAAAACCUCCUCCUCUCUAUUGGAGAGCUGCCACUGGAAAUGAAUAAGUACAUGCUUUCACUAGUCCAGGACAUACUACGUUUUGAAAUGCCUGCCAGCAAAAUGAUCCGUAAAGUUCUGAAGGACAUAUUGAUUCAUAAUUAUGACCGAUUUUCAAAAAUGGGUUCUUCUUCGGCCUUCUCUGGUUACUUAACACGUGACCAAGUUCUAUCGUCUACAUAUAGCCUUGAUAUACUGUACUCUGGUUCGGGCAUCUUAAGAAGAAGCAACAUGAAUAUCUUUCUUUUCAAUAAACUUGCUCAACUUCAUGCCAGCCAGGUGGUAAUUGAAGCUCAAGGUCUGGAAUCUAUUAUAGCUACAUCUGCAGAUGAAGGAGAAGAAAAUCUUGACUCCUUUGCUGGUUUGUCAGCAAUCAUGCUUGAUGUUCAACUCCGGCCAGUUACCUUUUUCCAAGGAUAUAGUGAUUUAAUGUCUAAAAUGUUCUCGGCCACUGGAGACCCCAUUAGCGUAGUGAAAGGGCUCGUCCUUCUGUUGGAUUUCUCACAGGCUAUCCAGCUGCAAUCUGGGCUGAUUUGCAGUGCUGAAUUCAAGGGAGGUAUGACUAUCGAUGUAUCAGGAGGAAUGGAAUUCAGCCUUUGGUACAGAGAAUCCAAAACAAAAGUUAAAAACCGGGGAGCUGCAGCUAUGGUUGGUAAUUUCGUUGUGGACGCUAUGUUUGUGAACACUGGCCUGGAAACCACUAGUGAAAUCGAAGCAAUGUUGGAUUUUGUCACCACAGUGAAAUUUUCGCAAUACCCAUUUUUAGUGUGCAUGCAGAUGGAUAAAACCGAAAGUCCAUUUAGGCAAUACCUAACAAAAUAUGAAAGUCUUCCUUCUGGAAAGCCAUAUAUCUCUCGAAAAAGAAAAGUGAACUUGUUGGCAGGUUCUGAAUAUCCCCUUCACCAAGAAAACUCCAACAUGUGCAGGGAAGUUUACAGUGACCAAGCUGAUCUUUCUGAAUCUUGGUUUUGAAAUAGGCACCUGAUCUUGCAUUUCACCAAAAACCUAGCUGAUUCCGGCUUCAAGUUUUGCUACCUUCGUUUAGAGCCUAAACCUAUAAUUUACAACUCUGUGAGAACUUUGUUGUAUCGAACUUUAAGAGGCCCAGGAUUGAGUCUUCUGCACCAUGUUUACAUAUUUACAUAUAUUUAAAAGAUUUAUUUUGGGUUUGUUUGUAACAUGCUAGGAAUACAACUUAUUUCAAAUCCAGAUAUUCAUUUAAGACCAUUAGAGGUCAUAGGACAUAAUUCUGCUUGGAUCUCUUAAGAGCAUUUUCUGUUAUUUAAGAGAUAAAAUAACUUGGGGGUGAGAUACUUGAUGGAACUGAAGUUUUAAUCAGUUCCUCACUGUCUUCUGUAAUUUAUAAUUACUCCCUACACCCCAUUCAAAAUUGUUAGCCUUGGACAGAAAAAUAAAUAAUACUAUAUGUGUUGUUUUACCUCUCUGCACCUCACAGCAAUUUCAACAGCCAUUUCAGUAAUUUUAGAGCUGCUAGUGUAUUUUCUUUAGAGUCAGAGGGUUCACUGAAGAGCUUAUACAAUUCUUGAUUGCAAACUUUUCUAGCUGUCCACGCUAGGGAAAUUGCUUGAGAAAGCUAUGCAUUUUAGGCAAAUUUGCAAAGAAAUAUGUCCAAAGAAAUGUGCAUUACAUUUCAUUGUAAAUACAUACAAAUUAAAAUGCAAAUUUUAUUGUAAAAUUUUAAAAAUAACUUUAUCAACUUUGAUAAUAACAGAAACUGAAAAAAAUGCUAACAGAGUUUUACAAUGAAAAACAAACCGAAAUUUGAAACAUUUAAACAACAAAAGAAAAAAGUUGCAAUUAAUCUAGUCAGAAGUUUCCUUUUCUCAUAUUUAUCAUUUGGUGUUACAAGUCAAAACAAUAUGUAUUGUUUCUUAAACCAUACAAAUGUUCAUCAUGGGAGUUCUUAAAAAUUACUGAAUAAAACAAACACUAUUUAAAAUUUUAUUUAGAUUGCCCUUCUCAGCUAUUUUACACUGAGAAAUCAUAACUUUAAUGGAACCAUAAUAAAGUGGCUGCCAUAAAAAAUAAAAAAAAUGUUCUGUGCUAAAAUUGCUUAAAGGGUUAUUAGCAAAAUUCAGCCAAAACAUGUUCCUUUUGCAAGUCUUAAUACAAUGUGUAGAUAUAUUUCUUUGAAGUCUCAUUCAUCUUAAUGGUUUCAGCAGAUGGUUUUUUAACUAGAAUAUAUUUUAGAUACUAUUUACCUGUUAAAGAAUAUUGGGUACAAUUUUUCAGAAGUAUUCGGCUAGUCUUACUCAUUAGUAAAUGCAUUUUAAGAUUGCAGCUAAGAUUUAAGUUAACAACUCAUGCGUUCAUAAUUUAUCUUUAUUUUAACUUUCAUAUGCAUAUGGUGGGAAGACAAUAGAGUUGAGAACAUUAAUCUUCCUCCCUAUAAGUCAAAACCUGUUUCCAGUGUAAACAAACAUAGUCCAAGAUGAUGGUUUGUCAAGAUCUUAUAUGCUUCAAGGAACAAUGUGAUGGUCAUUCAUCACAAAACUGGAACAGAAACCAGGAGAAAAUCAGAGAUCAAGAAUAGAAUGUUUUUUUUUUCCUUUCUCAGUUUAUUAUGGCUUUAUAAUCAUAUUUUCCAUAUGCUAGGCUGGAAAUGGAUGCCUAUACCACAAUAUGAUGUAAGGAUUUGUAAUUUUUUACUUGAGUGGAAAAUGUACCCUCCCUAGUUUGGGAAGUGCUAAAUACAAUUAGCUUUAAAUUAAUCCAUCUAUGUAAUGUAAAAAUUGUUGUUGGCUUCCUUCUCCCACCCUUUCUAAUAAAACUACCUUAUGUGGAAUUGCCCUCAAAUUCUCAUUUCAAAACUGAUAGUGAAAUGAAUAAAAAAACAAAAUCUCUGGAUUAAGGAGUGCUUAGACAUUCAAGGAGUGUCUGAAGAUGACUAGACUCCACUAACAUUGCAGUUUCCUCUCAUGUGAGAUUGUACAGUAUAUAUAUAUUGUCUUGGUACAGAUUUUCUGUUUUAUUAUUUUGGUUUGGUUGUAACUUAAAAAAAAAUCCAUGAUCCAGUACUGUUACUGUUUUUCUGCCAAAGUCUUGAAUUUUUUUGGAUUCUCUUUUGGAGCUUUGCAACUGAGUUCAUACAACAAGCUAUGUUCUAGAUCUUGAUUAACAAAAGAACAGUUUAUAUAAUGCCUCUCCCAAUUAAAUCAUAUUAUGGCUCAUACAACAUUAAGUCACUAGUGAGUUUCUUAUAACAUGCAGACUACAAACUAUUAACCCUUUUUAUUCUAAAUUAGCUUGCUGAGCAAAUCCAGCCUAUAAACACUAAACUGCCCAUUAUAACAGGUGCAAUCAAACUUCAAUAGGUAGCAAAGGUUAAGGAGGGAUUUUGAUAGAUAAGACUACAACGUGCAGAUAACAUCAUGUAAAUCACUAGGGCUAGAUUUUAAAGUGGGGAGGAAGGGUAGAAUUUUUAAUAUUAUAGUCUUCACCACAUAAUAAAAGUUUUAAACUGUUAGCAGUAAUUUUAGUCUCUUUCAUACCUAUACACAGAACUAUGCCAAUUUCAGCUGGAAACUGCCAAAUUUUCAUUUCAGAAUUCAGGUACUCAAAAAAAGAAUGGUUUAGUGCUAUGGACGGGUUUGUAGACCAUACACUGCUACCUCCUACUGUACUUUAAAUCCCUGUUCUGCUGUGAAGGUCAGUGUAAGUCGAUGCUGAGGGCAUGGGAAAUGGCCUUCCACAUAUGUAGUGGCAUAGCCAGUAAGACAUAGUCAUAACCAUUAUUAAGCAUUUCUGUUCUACUGAGUGUUUUUGCAUACCUAUAGUUGGCAUACCUUACCAGAGUAUCUGGCCAUUUCUUCCUACUAUGUCUGUUCCAUUUUAGCCAUAAAAACCAUAUGAUCAGUGUUGUAGUUAUUGGAAAAAUUAUAAAAAACACAUUUGUAAGCAUACUGUAUAUUGCCUCUUCUCUGCAGGUGCUAUGUUGACCUAUUUGGUAAACAAUAAAUUAGUUUACUUUAUGUCUUUGCAACUCAUACAAUGAAAUUAAAUAACCACCUUCAGUGUACAAAAAAAUUAUGACUAUGAAAAUAAACACAAACACACAUCCUUCACUAUACAUUGAACUGAAAAUCCCUAAUAUUGCAUUAAUAUUGCACUAUACAAAUUUAUUUCAUUUAUUUAUUUCAAAAGUAAAUAAUUUUGAAAUAAUAGAAGCAGAUCUGCACUCUGUUUACAUAUACAUCUGGUGGAUUUAGUUAAAGUUGUAGGAUUGUAUCUUAUGACUUACCUUUUUGAAAACAAAUUUUUCACGAGGGUUUCGCAAGUUCCUAACUAGGUAUUAGGAAAGCUUAGAAUUUGUUCUUAGCAUAUUUUCUUCCCACAUAAUUAUCAAACACUCCACUGGCCAAAUUUUUUCAGAAGUGACUAAAUGUUUUUAUUGCUACUGUGUAAUAAUAAUAAAUAUAUAUCUGAUCCACCCAAAAUAUUGAAGCUUUUAUUUAGUAAGUGUGAUUUAAUUUAUAUUAUUUAUAUUUGCUAUAUAUGUUGGCCACAAGAUUUCAGAUUAUUUAAAAAUAAUAGCACUGAACUUUGAUCAGUGAGAUGGAUUUGAUCUCCACAUAGUGACAAAGUUCACUAAGUAAUAUAGAACAUUAGAGUUCUUUUGAUGAUGACCAUAGAAGUUACAGCAAUAGUAUUUAUGUGUAAACUUUUUAUUGGUUACGUG